AUCAAUCAGUCAUUGGCCAACCACGCUGUGUUUAGCAUUUUUCAGCAAACAAAAUUGCCAACAUUGUUGUUUUGUGCUCUUCCAAACAGAUAAAUUAUUCUUCUAAACGUUGAAAUAUCGGUGUAAUUUAUCAGUGAAUUACAACAUUCUAUACUGCAUUCAGUAUGAGCGACUUCGACCCACCACUGGACAGAGCAUACGACCCGGAGUAUCCCCUGGAAAGUGACGACGAUGACGAACGCGAUGCAGGUGAUUUUACUGCUACAAACCGUUCGCGAAUCUCAAACAAUUCGCAAGUGCCCCAGAAAAAGAGCCGGUGGUCCAGCCCGGAAGCACGCCCAGCACCGCCGGAGCUGUUCUGCAUGAAGACCUACUCCCGAAACGAGCUUUACCCAACCGAGCUGGAUCCGGAUUGUUACCCGCCCUGGGCGCUUUCUCCCUACUGGCCCGUUUACGUUUCCAAUUUCCGGCUGAACAGUUUGGAUGAAACGGAAAGGAACGCACAAAUUUCAACCUACUUUGCGUGCAAGGGACUUCUCACCAGAAUGAUCUACAUUCGGGAAAACGAUGAUCCGUUCUUCCGUAACCAUCAAUCGAAAACCUUGCUUCUGGAUAUGCUGGUUUACUUCACCUGCAAAGCGGAUGCCGAUCGUGCAAUCCGUUGCUGUGACAGGACAACUUACUACGGACACGUACUGAAUGUCUUUCCCGGAAGAGUCCCGGUCUAUUUUGAUCCGAGCCUAACGGUACGAUUCAAAAUUCCGAAACAGUACUCCGUUGAGCAUACGGAAACCCCUACGGAGCGUGGUUUCAAAGCUCGAUAUGGACCGGGAAUCGUCUCUACGAUCGUCAAGCACUCCGAAUGUAAACUCUUAGUUGAAUUCGAGGCCCGGUACUUGAUGAAUCUCGCCGUAAGUCAAUGUGAUUUGUGGAUACCGUCUCGCCUGACGGAACCUGUCCGCAAGCAAAGAUACCUGGAACAGGACUGCAGGUACGAUAUGAUGUUCCUGUUGCAGGAGAAUCCAGGGUUCAUCGAUAUGCUUCCACCGGAGAAUGUGUUGCAGGACUUGCUUCACGGGAGAUUGCCUCCGGUGAACAAAGAUUGGGAUGGAUGGGCGUUUCCGAAACAACUACCGGAUGAAAUUUAUAACUCAAUCUACCGCGAUAAGAUAGAACGCAAGGAAAGGAUGAAGGAAGACGACAGCGUCAAAUGGGACGAGGUCCCCGCGAGUCUUGCCGAAGAAGUGGACCGUCAGAAGGAAGUUUUCUUUGGAAUUAUUCAGCAUCAGCAAAAGCCUGAGGAGACAUCAUCAGAAAGCUCUUCACGCAAAAAUCCUCAAUUGCUCCACCGUGAUGUUGUGGAAAGGAAGCAAAAGGAUUUCGAACGGAAGUUCGCCAUGAUUUGUGUGCCGAAUAGAAACAACGCCCGGAACGUGGCCCAAGGAAGACGCAUCGAGGAAGGCCCAAGCGAAGCGAUCAGCCGUUUAAUGCCGGGCUAUUUUCAGCAGAAAAAAUUCAACGCUAAAAAAACAGAGUUUUUGACCAAAAGGAAAAAACUUCUCACGAAGGAAGGAGUGGUGCGUCGGAACGGAUUGUUCUUCGAUCUGCUCCGAUUGGAAAGGUCGCUCGGAAAUAUGACAGGCAAGCGCGCUAACUUGCAAUGCGAUGAACUGAGGACGGGACUCAUUGCCACGGUGCACAGUAUGGGACUACAGAAGCGGUUUUCUCAAUAUUAUUCGAAUUUUCCAAAAAAUCUGGAUCUCUUGCACAUUGAGGAACCGCUGGAUAUGCUUACACCCGUUUUCUUGGGCAACUUCUUCACCAUCGAUCUAAGCCAGAAGUCACGGAAUCAACAAGUCAAAGGCUUUUUUGCGGUCAGAGGCCUGUCCGUUUGUAUGGUCUACCUCAAUGAAAGCGAUGAAUUUUACAACUCCUACUUGAAGCAGAUCAAACUUCUGGACAUGUUGGUAUAUUUCCGUACCAAAGAAGAGGCAGAAAAGGCCAUCAAAUGUGUUCACGGAUUGACAUACCAUGGACACAAGUUGAGUGUUCUUCCCGGGCGACAGGUUAAAUACUACGAACCGAACAGAGCAGUAUUUCUUGAGCUAGAUGACGACCCAACUAUUGCAGAAGGAAUGAUAGGACAAUUUUUAGGCUCCGAAGCACUUCCUAUUGAAGACCUCAAUAGCGUAAUGCGCUAUCCUAAGAAAGUCAUAUUUUUGUUCAACAAAACCAAACAAGGGAAAGCAGUUGCCCAGAUCGAAUUAUCAGCGAAGCUAGUUUCUAAGCCGUUUCCGAAGAAACAACGCUAUCUUGAAGCCGACGUGAAAACCGAUCUCUUGCGGAAGAUUCUCCGCGAUGCGGACUUCCUGAACGAACAACCCCAGGACGGCACCGCUCUACGGAGUUUGUUCGCGGUCAAAUCAUUACCACCGGAAGAGGACGAUAUCGGUGCAGUGGUUUGGGAUGGUGACUAUCAGCAUCGUAAGGAUCUGAACGAACAAGUUGUCAAAGUGCUGGUCGAAUGGAAGAAGACUAUGAAGAGUGUCGCUGAGUCAUCAAAACCUGCUGGACAGUUGAUGUAAUACCGGUGGUUUGGAUAAUUUGCACUAAUAGUACAAAAGUGAACUUGAAAACCUUGAAAUUGUUAUACUUGUUAAAGAAAUAGUUUUCUUUUUCGUGAAGAUGUUUACGUUUAUCGUAUUUCUUAUUAAUAAACGACGUGAUUUCAUAAACGCA